GCCACCACUGACCCUGCUCAUGGAGCAGAGUCAGUGGUGGAAAUACGUCACACGCAUGCGUUAUUCAUUCCAAGAAACAGACACAUAUGGCUUCCGGACAGCGGAAAUCUCAAGUGGACAUAAAAAUGAACUUUAUUUGAAGUCUAAAGCAUCAUCCUGUCUCACCAUGCAGGGAGAGUAUGGCUCAGAUGGACUCUUCCAUUGUAUCGUAGGGGGCCUGCGUUAUGAUGACUUUGACAAGGCGGGGAAGAUCAGCAUCGGGAAGAUCUCCAAGAUACUAGAAGGAGUUCGCAUCGCACGCAUCACACAGGGCAUAACCUCUCAAAACAUUGACUUUGGCUUAUCAGUUUUGUAUGUUCGUUCACAUUAUUUCAAAGUGUAUCCUUCCUUUUACUCUCUCAGUCAGACUUCCUCCUUAAAGUUCACCACGUUUACAAGCCACAUUGGCAGAACCUCAUUCUGCGUGGACGCUAACGCCUUCGAUCUAACCACGGGCGAGCUGUUGGCAACUUGCAGUACUCACUCGGUGUUUGUUUCUAUGGAAACACGUCGCCCAACCCCAAUCCCACCCGAGAUGGCCCAGAUGUCCCAAGUGAUCCCAACCGAAGACAAGCGACCAGUGUCUGGACCUGAUUUCCCGGCACAACCUUCUGCGUGCUUCACCCAGAAGAGGAUGGUUUUUCCAGGCGACACGGAUGCCAACGAGCACCUGAACCAGGCGGUCUUUAUUCGCUUCUGUUUUGAUUGCGCCAGUGGGGCAGCACUAGAGGGCAAGUUACCCAGCUUUGUGCACGACAUCAUCUUCUCCGAUGCCAAGACCGUCUGGGUCCGGUAUGUUCGUGAGGCUGAAGUUGGGGAGGAACUGACCCUAUCCUGUUGGGAGGAUGGAGAUCAGAAACAAACCGUUUGGGUUGAAAUCUACCAAGAAUCUCAGGUCAUUGGUCAGUGCCAAAUACAGUUCUAUGAUGACGAACUGAACAAUUCUACCUCCAAAAGUGAAGAAGCACGAGCUAUUUCAAAGCUGUGAUUUGCUAGGCUUGUGAAAUAUCUGCGUUUCUGUGGAUUUCCAUGUGUUUUAGCAUGACUCAGCAUUUUUUAUUUUUAUUUUUCAUUUUUUUUAAAGUCUGCAAACAUAAUUUCGCAUGGGUUUUACACAUGUGAGUUCAGUCGUUCAUGCCAGUUGAACAGCGGGGUGAGGAAAAGUAAAACAAAAUUCAACCAUACUGCCAAUUUCGUCAUACCAAACAUGCCUUUCAACAACCUUUGGCAUCCAAAAUUCUUUCACAUUUAUGGACCAUGUGUUUGAAAUAGCAAAAAUACUUCUUUCAUCAAUUGUUAUUUUUGUGUGUGUGUGCAAAUCAUUUGCCCAGGUUUGAAGCUGAACAAAGACAUUGAUCAAACUGGGAACCACCAUUGUAGGGCUGGAUAGCGCAGUUAGUUGAGCACCGGAACUGCAAUCCGGAGGUCGCAGGUUCAAAGCCUCGUCCCAUCAAUCUCUUUGUUCAACUUUAAAAACAAAAAAUAUUAAAAUGCACCUAUUCAGUUUCCCUUUGUGCUAAAUUUGAUUAUAUAAGAGGUAUCAAAUCCAGUACAUAAGUGAUAAAUUAGUGCUUAGGGAUGUUCGACAAAUGUGUUUCCUGUAUUAAUUUGUUAAUAUUUUAUUCGCUUUAAUCUGCGUCGUAUUUCUCCAUAGUCAGCCACCAGACUAAUGACGAUGAAUGAAGAGGUCAGUCUAUUCAAUAUGCCUGUAGAUCUUUUGCAAAACUGAGCUUUCCAGUUAUUUUAAUAUUCAUUGUUACAUUAUUUUUUGGGUAAUUUGUUUUCUUGUGCAAUGGAUGGACGAAUGUUAUAUGACACGUGUGACACCUCAGGGAAAUUUUACCUCUUACCCUCAAAUUUAAGUUUUUUUUGACACACCCUGGUGGGUUAGGGUUAAUCAUGUCUUAUAUAAAUCUCAUUUUGAUGCAACAAAUAUAGCUACUUUAAAAACUUCACCUACAGUUUUAGUGUUACAGGCACUUCCAUCAUUUAAGAUGUUAUACAAAGGAGUAUAAUCAUGAAAAUACUUGAUCAUGUAUUUUUGUAUUAAUAUGUCGUAUCAGGAACACUUGAGUCCUGAUUAUUGCUUGGCCUUGGGCGUUUCCUGGAAAGUAAACUUUCAAUGGUGCUUUCAUCUUAUAUUUGUUUUUGCAUGCUCCUGUCAAUUUCUUUUUUCAUCUUUAAAUUUUUUUUUAUAAUGCACAGGUCCAGUCAGUUUCCCUUUGUGCUAAAAUUGAUUAAAAAAGAGGUAUCAAAUCCAGUUCAUAAGUGAUAAAUUAGUGCUAAGGGAUGUGUGACAAAUGUGUAUCCUGUAUUAAUUUGUUAAUAUUUUAAUCGCUUUAAUCUGCAUCGUAUUUCUCCAUAGUCGGCCACUAGUGACCAUGAAUGAAGAGAUCAGUCUUUUCAAUAUGCCUGUAGAUCUUUUGCAAAGCUGAGCUUUCAAGUUAUUUUAAUAUUUAUUGUUACAUUAUUUGUUUUGUAAUUUUGUUUUCUUGUACAAUGGAUGGAUGACUUUUAUAAGACACGUGUGACAUUUCUCAGGGAAAUUUUGCCUCUUACCCUCAAAUUUAAGGGUUUUUUCACACACCCUGUUGGGUUAGGGUUUAUCAUGUCUUAUAUAAAUCUCAUUUUGAUGCAAAUUAAUAUGGCUACUUUAAAACUCCACCUACAUUUAGUGAUUACAGGCACUUCCAUCAUUUAAGAUGUUAUAUACAGGAAUAUAAUCAUGAAAAUACUUGAUUGUGUAUUUUUGUAUUAAUAUGUCAUAUCAUGAAUACUGAGUCUUGAUUAUUACUUGGCCUUAGGCAUUUGCUGGAAACUUUCAAUGGAACUUUCAUCUCAAUUUGGUUUGUUUGCAUAAAUCAAUAAAAGUGAAAAUUAUGGGGGGGGGGGAAAUGAUGGGGCCUGAUUUAUAAGGUCAUUAAUUCAGGAUAUAUUUCUUUUUAGAAUAUAAUAUGUAAUGAAUAUUUUGAAAGAAUA